UUCAGUCUAUAAUUGUGCACCUUGCUGACUGGUUCUGUGCCAGUUUAACGCGAGCCCUUGCCUGGACAGCACGGGUAUACAGUAGCAGCAGCAUCCGCAGCAGCAGUAGCCGCAGCAAGCAGCGCCCGCAGCAGCAGCACGCACACAUACGCAAGCACUACGGCUGCUGCAAAACACACAUCGAAAAAACACACACACACCAGUGAGUUGCCAUACGGCGCAGCAAAAUGCAAAAAAGAAGGAAAACCACCAAGAAAACUCAAGAAAAACUGAAGGAAAAGCCAAGUUAAAGUUUUGGAUGGCGAAAAAACUACCAAAACUUUUUAAUUGCAAGCAGUGAACACUUGCUUUACUCGGAAAAGUUGCGCGCAAAAAAAUAGGCAACAUAAAAAUGAGAAAGGGAAAAUCAUUGAUUUUCGCUGAAAAAAUAACCUUAAAAUUUACGCCAAAGGAAAAACGAAGUGUGCAUGGUCAUUUUGGCGACUUUUUUCGCAGCCUCUCUGGUUUCCCUUCUUUUUUUGCAUAUUGUCCGAUCCGGUCAGCUUCUUGCCUUUCCCCCCGCGCCCUCUCUCUUCGCUCCUGGUGUGUAUGUGUGGGAGUUCCAGCUCCUGUCGCUCUCUCGAGAGAUUUUUCUCGCUCUUGGAGAAGCAACAACCGCAACAAGGAUAAGGCAGCGACGCCAGCUGCGACGGCAGCAGAGCGACCAUUUCGACCGCAUUGCCAAAUCGAUUUGCCAAAAACGAUUAUCAAUGAUUUCUCCAACGCGCCACCAAAAUUCGUUCUUCAAAUUGAAUUAAAUUAAUCGCAUUUCGCCUACGUGAAUGCGUGUGUGUAGUGUGCGUGUGUGCGGUGUAAAUCAAAUUAAAUCGGUGCUGAACAAAAACUAAUUUAAACCAAUUUAUCCCGACAAUCUACAGCCAGUGCAAGCAACAAGAGAAAUAAAAUAAAACAAUAAAUAAAGAACUGAAAUAUGUACUUUUUAAUUCAAUAAACCAGACAAAACCGUAAAAGUACAGACAAAACAACGAGUUAGAUACGCACAGCUAAAACAUUUCGUUGCAAAAUCGCAUGCUAGAAAAUUUGAAAAUCUAAAGCUAAACCAAAAACCACAAGACAAAAUCAAUUCAAAAUUAAACUCUAAAGUUGCAUCAAAUUAAAAACCCACAUCUAUAUAGAGAACUCAAUAACAAAGAAUUAAACCAAGUUAAACCUUAACAACAAAUAACAACAAAUUAAUUACAAUUGUGAUGAACAAGUUAAUUGCAUCAAUUGCAGCACGUAAAACCCAAGCAUUUAAAAUAGCUUAAACCAAAAGAAGGUAUAUUUGCUGCCCAGGCAGGCUCAAUUAAAAGGAAACAAUAAUUUAUCGCCGCACCAAAUUAAGCGUCGUGGGAGGCGGACGAAAUCGAAGUUAAACACACAUGAUUCACCGGUGAUAGCAACAGAAUUUACACAACCAAAACAAUUACAAAACCAAGACGGCAACAAUAAUAAGCACCCGACAAAGCGAAUCGUAGUAGACUUUUAACUCGCCCACUUUCUCGUUGUUGACUAAUCAUAGUAGAAGUUGUUGUUCAUGGAAGGGAGGAGACGGAAGAGCUGUGAUCGCGGAGAAAGCAAAUAGAAAGUUGAAUCAAGUUACCCAAGAGAAGAGGUGAAGAGGCAUUGAGCGAUGCUUGUUGGGCUGAGCAGCAGGAGCAGGAGCAGCAACUCAACGCGACACAGCAGCAACAGAAGCAGCAACUUCGGCGCGACUCCUCCUGGCCCACAGCUCAGAUCAAGGGGCUAGAGGCUGUGCCGCAUCGAAGGCGGAGAGGGAGGAGGCGGAGGAGAUAGGAGGAGGCAACAGGCAACAUUUACCCGCGCCACUCGUCGCCACCGCCCCCGCACCGCCUGCAAUGCUCUGGUAGCCAAGACAGUUUUACGGUGGAUCACUACUGCGCCGGCGGCGACCCACAGGCAGCAGCAGCGGGUGGAACUGGACACGGCCACGGCCACGGAUCUGGAUCUGGAACUGGACCCGGAACCGGAUCUGGAACUGCAGCCGGAGCUGGAGCUGGAGCGGGAGCGACCCAAUGGUCCAGUGCGGGGGGCGGCGUGACCUCCUGUGGCGGCGGGAUUGCGCCACCGAUCGGCAUGUGCCAGCAUCAUGGGCUCACAUCACAGUCGUUGAUGUCCGGUGGCUCGCACAUGUCGCUGCUCGGGAGCAGCGGCAGCAGCGGCAUGAGCGGCAGCGGCGUCGGCAGCAGCGGCCAGAGCGUGCCCCAGUGCCCCGCGGCCGCCGCCGCUGCCGCCGCCGCAGCCGGGGACUUGGGCCACUGCCGCAGCCUGAGCGGCCUCAGCUCGAUCAGCAUUCCGCCUCCGCCGGCGCUCUUCAACCCGUGCAGCUCGGCGCUGUCGCUGCAGCAGGCGGCCUCGUCCCGCUGGGGACCGCGCACCUCCUGCCCGGUCCACAGUCCGUUCCGGGUGCGCGUGCCCAACGGCUCCAUCUGCUCCGGACACCAGGCUCUGCUCCAUAGCCACGAUGUGGUGGCCCGGGACGUCUACGGGGAGGAGGCGCUGCGCGUCACCCCGCCCCCGAUGGUGCCCUACCUCAACGGGGACGAGCUGGACAACGUCGAGGGCGGCGAGCUGCAGCAUGUGACCCGGGUGCGGCUGGUGCAGUUCCAGAAGAACACGGACGAGCCCAUGGGCAUCACGCUGAAGAUGACCGAGGACGGGCGGUGCAUCGUGGCCAGGAUUAUGCACGGCGGGAUGAUUCACCGCCAGGCCACGCUGCACGUGGGCGACGAGAUACGGGAGAUCAACGGCCAGCCGGUGCAGCACCAGUCGGUUGGCCAAUUGCAACGAAUGCUGCGCGAGGCACGCGGUUCUGUUACCUUCAAGAUAGUUCCUUCGUACCGCAGCGCUCCGCCCCCCUGCGAGCUUUUCAGGAUCAGACCCGCUCCGGUGCUUAUAUUCGUGCGCGCCCAAUUCGAUUAUAAUCCGCUGGAUGAUGAGCUUAUACCCUGCGCCCAGGCGGGCAUAUCGUUCCAAGUGGGCGACAUACUGCAGAUCAUUAGCAAGGACGACCAUCACUGGUGGCAGGCGCGACUGGACACGGUGGGCGGAUCGGCGGGACUGAUACCGUCGCCGGAGCUGCAGGAGUGGCGGAUCGCCUGCCAGACGGUCGACAAGACCAAGCAGGAACAGGUUAACUGCUCCAUCUUCGGGCGCAAGAAGAAGCAAUGCCGGGACAAAUAUCUGGCCAAGCACAACGCCAUCUUCGACACGCUCGAUGUGGUCACGUACGAGGAGGUUGUCAAGGUGCCAGUGGGGGAUCCGAACUUUCAGCGCAAAACCCUGGUGCUCUUGGGUGCUCACGGGGUGGGCAGGCGGCACAUCAAGAACACCUUGAUCUCGAAGUACCCCGACAAGUACGCCUAUCCCAUUCCACAUACAACGAGACCUGCCAAGCCGGAGGAGGAGAAUGGACGCAGCUAUUACUUUGUCUCGCACGACGAAAUGAUGGCGGACAUCGGUGCGAAUGAGUACUUGGAGUACGGCACCCACGAGGACGCCAUGUACGGCACCAAGUUGGACACCAUUCGGCGCAUCCACACCGAGGGCAAGAUGGCCAUUUUGGACGUGGAGCCGCAGGCACUGAAGAUACUCCGCACCGCCGAGUUCACGCCCUACGUGGUGUUCAUCGCGGCGCCUUCGCUGCAGAACAUAGCAGAUUACGAUGGCAGCCUGGAGCGGUUGGCCAAGGAGUCGGAGAUGCUGCGCCAGCUGUACGGGCACUUCUUCGACCUGACGAUUGUGAACAACGACAUCAGCGAGACGAUCGCCACGCUGGAGACGGCCAUCGACCGGGUGCACACCACCCCGCAGUGGGUGCCCGUCUCCUGGCUGUACUGACAAGACAGCGAGCUGGAAUGCCCCGACUGCCUCGAGGGCUGCGACUGCGAGUGGGACGCCUACACGCAGGCCUCCAACGUGGCGCUCUACUGAGGAGGCCGCAGUCGAGGCCGAGGCGCGAAGGAUACUGAGGAUACAAGGACACACACGCCACAUCACCACGACACACCACUAAAGUAUUACCAAGGCACAAGCAACAGCAACCGCAACUGAGGAAGCGACCACUACAGUGAGGACUCGAGCAUAGAAGGCGCCUGGCGCCGAGCUAUUUAAUUUAAGAUUAGAUGGGUAUUGAGGGAACUGCGCUCGCAGCGCAGCGACAAAAGUGUUAAUUGUCAAACAACCAAUUUGUAUUUGCCUCUUUUUGUUUUCGGUUUUAAGCUGUACUGUUUGUUCGUUUGUAUUCUAUUCGCCAUUCCAUGCCCAUUGUGUUAUACUUUACGAUUAUUGUUUUGUUGUAUUGUUUUUAUUCGCAUUUAGUCAGAACAGCAUUAAACGCUUAUGUAAAUCUUGCACUUGUUAGUGUCUAAGUUAACUGGAGGUAGACAAAUCGAACCCCGAACAGGAACCGAAGCACUCCAACUUGUUUUACUCAAGAUUAUUUCCGGUAAGAGUCUUGUGAGCAGAUAGGGCGUUGAACGAGUUAGUAAAUUAUAGAGAAAACUACGUAAUUAAAUAUAAUUAACAUAGACACAAGGAGACACAGUGACAGCAACAAGCGACAGGAGAACACGAAGAACAGAAAGUAAUAAACAAAGUACGAUGUGAGCAAUUUCAAGUGUUUCAAGCCAAGUAAGAACUAAUUAAUUACAUACGGAAGAUCAAGUCAGGACAGUGGUAAAGUGCACGUUUUAAAUGCAAUAAACAUAACGAAAAGGUAACUGAAAACAAAAAAGAUUAAUUCCAAUCACAACACUACACGAAGGAAGGGGAAAAAAAAACACAUAAUACCAAAAACCAAAUUGUUGACGUUUAAUUGAAUUCAAUGAGAAAUGGGAAAACCACAAAAAAUGCAAUCAAACAUAAUAAAACAAAAAGUACAUUAUAAUAAUUGCAGCCGCGUUUAAUUCAAGCAAAAGCAAAGUAAACAAAUGGAAAAACAUAGAGUGAGCACUAAACACACAUACUAACUGCAAUUACGAAUUAAAAUAAUUAGCGAAAGGAUGAGCAGAUUGCAGGUCAACGCAAAACAGGCAGAUACACGUAUAAAUAUAUGACAAAAAAACACCCAAAAAAAAAAAAAAAUGAAAACAAAAAACAAGAAGUAGGAAAACGACAAAUAUGUAUACACACACAUAUAUAUAUUUUUCGAACAACUCAAACUCAGGUUGGAUACAUUGAAAAUCAGUCAAGUUCAAUAAGAAUAAUAUAGCGGAGCGCUUCCUUUUAACCCACAGCCAAAUGAAAACCCAACAAGGAGACCCAAACCGAAAACCGAAAACCGAAACGAAGAUCAGACAGACAGUGAUUAGCACAACCGAAUCGAACGAGAUCUUAAGUCGCUUUGAAUUGAAUUGAAUUGAAUUAAUCGUACACCCACUGGCCCAGUAACCACCCAAGCAGCAGCUUCAAUUUUUCGAGAUACUUUACAAUGACACCGACGAACUGUCUUAGCAAUCGAGAAACCUGGCAUUUUUUUGUGCAGCUUCAUAGUCAGCAACCAGCGCUCAGUAAUUUCGCUUCUUCCCCCACUGUAGCUUUCUAAUAUCCGAGAGGUACACACACUUUGUAUUAGCUUCCCUCACAUAGAGCUUUUGAGAUGGACGAAACUGAAUUUAGACUACAACUGCGAUCCCAGAGAUGCAGCUAAUUUGGGAUGCGAAGUCGAACGAACACACACCACACUUGAGAUCGAACUUAGUAUUAAAGCGAAAAGCGAACACAUUUGUAAACACGUGCCGCACUUCUCUAGCUGUCCCCCAAACAAUUUAAGCCUGAGCUUGAUUCGAGCCCAACCACACGACCCACUUGAAUUUCCCAACCGCACACCACACAAGAAUAACAUACUUAUAUCCAGACAAUUCUAUGGUUUCAAAAUGGUUGAACAAUUUUGCAUAGAGUAUUAUCGUUAGACGCUGGGCUAUACCUUUUCGGUUCUGAGCGUGGAAGGAGAUAGCGGAGAGGCAAUGCAAAUCAUAGAAGUAUCCCCAGAGAACAACCGAACCUACCCGAAAAACUGAAGAACUAACUACCUACCCACAACCACAAACGCAGCCAAGUGGCCAAAUUAACUAAGUAUUAUACCUUAAAGCGAACGAACGAACGAACUGACGAUGAGAUGGGAUGGGAUCAGAUGAGGAUGAGAAUGAGGAUAGGAACCUUAUAGAGAACACGGCAGGAGAAGAUGUAUGUACAUUUUGAGGCUCCCCAAUUGAAGAGUGGGUGUGCCGGAAAACACCAAAAUUGAAGAAUCGAUUAGGAAGAAUGCUCAAAUCAAAAUCUUAUAUUUUACGGUAUAACACUGAUUAGGAACGAUGUUUGAAGAGGGCGGAGUGUAGAAGAAUCGGAAGAGAGUAUCCCGAGAUUGAGCUAGGAUUUCGAAGGAUUCGUUUCGUAAUUUUAAUUGAUCCUUUUUUCUUAGCCGAUGCGAGCAGAUUGUAGCUGUACUCUAAGAAUAAUUUCACACUAAGAUUAAGUAAAAAUUUAUUGUUGAUAUUACAUAAAAAGAAACGAGAUGAACAUGGUCACGCAAACCAGAUGAAUUAGAAUUUUUCUCUAAUUUCAUAAGUCAAUGAUGAUAUAAUGGCGAGGGUAAUGAAGAUAAUGAUGGAAGAGUGAAGACGAGUUGAAAAUGCUUAUGAUCUCCAAUGUCAAUAUGUGUAGAUUGACGCGAUUUGAGCUAAAUGAGUGAAUUGUUAUUAAAAUAAUAAAUGAAAUGAAUGGAUCGUCAGAUUGAUCGAUCGAUUGGGGCGCAGAAGGCCGCGGCGUUAGUAAAUAUCAUUUAAAAUAAAUGAUAAAAAUGUCAUUAUAUAUACAUAGUUUAAACAUGGGAUUAAAAAUAAUAAAUUAAAUGAAACAGAACCGACGAAGGUAAAACGGGAAUGAGAAUUAAAUAAAAACGAGUAAACACUGAAA